AGUAAAACUAAUUCAGAGCAAGCAUUUCCAGGAUGAGCUCAAAUCUCUUGCCAAACAUGGCGUUGUAAAUAAAAAUAGCCCCACUCUGCGACUAAAUCCAUUUAUAGAUGAUACUGGAAUCUUAAGAGUCGGCGGACGAUUAAGGGCAUCCAACCUACCCUAUGCCGCUAAGCAUCCUAUACUGCUACCUGGUCACCAUUCAUUCUCGCAUCUUAUUGUCGUGCAUGAGCACGAAAGACAUUUGCACGCCGGGGCACAAGCCACUUUAGCAGCAGUCAGACAAAACUACUGGUUAAUUUCUGCUCGAAAUAUCACGCGUCAAAUAGUGCGUAAAUGCGUGGUUUGUUUCAGGAACUCUCCUCAACCAGCUUCGGCUAUAAUGGGCAAUCUUCCAAGCUCACGAGUAAAUGUACUCAGUCGACCAUUUGAAAAACGUGGAGUGGACUACGCAGGUCCUCUCUAUCACAAGGAAAGUACACGAAAAAAUACAAGGCUCAUCAAAUGUUACAUGGCCAUUUUUGUCUGCAUGGCAACAAAGGCCGUCCAUAUCGAAUUGGCGGUAGAUCUAUCCACCGAAGCUUUUUUGAACGUUCUUAAGCGUUUUAUAUCAAGACGAGGCUGUCCAUCGGAUGUGUUCUCUGACAAUGGACUAAAUUUCGUUGGAGCUGCCCGUGAAUUAAAUGAGCUAUCCACGCUUCUCAAUGAUGAGAAGGCACAGCAGCAAAUUAAUGCGUAUGCCUCACACCAUGGAAUAUGUUGGCAUUUUAUACCUCCUCGGGCGCCACAUCAUGGAGGCCUCUGGGAAGCUGCAGUAAAGAGUGCUAAACGGCAUUUACUUAAAAUAACUAAAGACGCUCAUCUAAAGUAUGAAGAAUUGCCAACUCUACUUAUACAAAUAGAAGCGAUUUUAAAUUCACGCCCAUUGACACCAAUAUCAUCAGAUCCAAGUGACUUGUUGUUUCUCACGCCAGGGCACUUUAUUAUAGGUACGCCUCUUACAGCAUAUCCUGGAGAAUCUUUGGAAGAGGUUCCUAUAAAUUGUCUCUCAAAAUGGCAGCAUGUCCAACAAUUAAGACAGCAUUUUUGGAAACGUUGGACACGCGAAUAUUUGCAUCAAUUCCAACAAAGAAACAAGUGGCAAACUACAGACUUGUCGCUUAAGAUUGGUCAAAUGGUCAUAUUGAUCGAAGAUAACACUCCACCAUUGGCAUGGAGCCUGGGAAGAAUACAAGAGACCCAUCCUGGUGAUGAUGGAGUAUCACGGCUACUAUCCGUACCGCUAAGGGAUAAAAGUGAGACUGAAGUCGUAGUUUAAAAUCCCGCAGCUGAUUGAAUACGUCAUCAUGAAUAAUUUUGUGACAUUUUAUUAAAGUUACUUUAAAAUAAA